AUGAAAAAUAUACUAAAGUAUUCAGGUCCUGGAUUAAUGGUUGCAGUAUCAUUCUGCGAUCCUGGGAAUUAUUCAACAGCAGUAGCUGCUGGCUCAGCAUUUAAAUAUCAACUACUUUUCACAAUCUUGGUGUCAAAUUUUUUGGCAGUUUUUUUACAAGUCUUAUCAGCAAAAUUAGGAGUCAUAACUGGUCUUGAUCUUGCAGCGAAUUGUCGAGCAAAUCUUCCUUAUAGAUUAAAUAUGUUCAUUUACAUUUUAACCGAAAUUGCAAUCAUUGCCACUGAUUUGGCUGAAGUUGUCGGUACUGCUAUUGGGUUAAAUAUUGUUUUCAAGCUCCCGCUUUUCGCUGGGGUUGUUGUUACCGUUAUUGACGUUUUAAUUGUCUUGAUGGCUUAUAGACCAAAUGGUCCUUUGUUAUUUGUCAGACUUUUCGAAGGGUUUGUUUCAUUAUUAGUGGCGGCUACCGUUGUUUGUUUUGCCAUUGAAUUAUAUCAAGUUUCUCAUGAUCCUUCAAUAAAUUUUUCCACCAUUGAAGUUUUAAAAGGUUUCUUACCAAAUGAACAAGCCAUUGAUUUAGAUGAAAGAGAAGGUGGUAGUGGGUUAUUUUUAAGUUUGGCUAUUCUUGGUGCCACAGUUAUGCCUCAUUCUUUAUACCUUGGCUCAGGUUUAGUUCAAGCUAGAUUAAAAGAUUUUGACAUUAAAAAUGGUUUCUAUUCUCCUCCAGUUGAAAAUCCAAUUCAAAUCUCCAACAAUGAUGAUCCCCAAGUUAAUCUUGCUAAAAAUAAUCAAUCCGUCACUAAUGAUAAUUUAGAUGGCGUUAAUGCCCAAUUACUUUCUCAUGAUGAACAUUCCAAUGGCCCUGAAAAAUCUCCGGAUUCUUCUGAUUCUUCCGUUGAUGAUUAUAGACCAUCUAUUCAUGCCAUUAAUGAUACAAUGACUUAUACAAUUACCGAACUAGUGAUUUCUUUAUUCACAGUGGCUCUCUUUGUUAAUGCUGCCAUUCUUAUAGUUGCUGGUGCUACUCUUGAUAAAAGUCAAAACCAUUUCCAAUUUUUCUUACGUGAUGAUGAUGAUCACGAUAUCGAUGACGGUCAUAAUUCUGACUCUGAUUCUUCUGAUGAAAGCUAUGGUAAUGCAGAUUUAUUCACAAUUUAUCAUUUAUUAUCAACCCAUUUAUCUCCAACUGCAGGUUUUGUUUUUGCCCUUGCUUUACUUUGUUCUGGUCAAAGUGCAGGGGUGGUUUGUACUCUAGCCGGUCAAAUGGUUUCUGAAGGAUUUUUAAGUUGGUCUUUACCCCCAGUUAUUAGAAGAUUGAUUACUCGUGCUUUUGCUAUUAUUCCAUGUUUAUUGGUUGUUAGUUUUGCUGGUCGCGAAGGUUUAUCGAGAAUAUUGAACGCAAGUCAAGUUGUUUUAUCAUUAUUAUUGCCAGUGGUUAGUGCUCCUCUCAUUUAUUUCACUUGUUCUAAAAAAAUCAUGAGAGUUCCUUUAUUAGUUCGUGAUGGUGAUGAAGACGUUGAUACUAUUUUGGAUUAUGAAGAUGAUAAUUCUUUGCUUACUAAACUCAAUAAUAAUGCUAGACGUUAUAAAACAACUGAGCCGGCAAUUAGAUUACAAAAUUUGAGAAAUUCCCAUCCAUGUGUUGGUUGGGAAGAUGAUGAUACUGAAGAUCAUGAACAACAACAUUUGGUGAGUUCGAAUACUGAUUCAAAUGACGAUUCUGCUUCACAUCCAAAAAGUCAUAAAAGUCACCCAUAUUAUAGUCGUCAACGUCGCCGUGGUUCUACAGUCGAUAUAGCCAAUAACGACGGAAGCGAUGCUGAUGUAGAAGAUGAAGAUAUUUUAAGUGAUACUAAUAAUGCCGAUAACCUUGACACUUGUGAUGAAGAUUAUGACAUCUACAGAGUCAAAGGUUUCAAAGAUAUGAGUAAUGGUCCCGUUACCUCAUUCAUUGCUGUUUUGGUAUGGGCAUUCGUUGCAUCGUUAAAUUUAUUCCUUAUUGGUAGUAUGAUUAUGGGGUAUGAGGUACCGCUUUAA